UGAUGCUCCUGCCACUCCUGGGGGUCCUGCAUCUGCUGUCUUGCCCAGCGCUAUCCCUGAGGCAGCCCAGUGAAGAUUACUGGGGAGACUAUGGCCCGUAUGGACCAUGCAGCAGAACUUGUGGAACCGGUGUCGCUUUGAGAACAAGAACCUGUGUUACUAUGAGGACAGACGGAGGUCACAACUGUGUUGGAUCCUCCAAGUCCUAUAAGACCUGUAACACACAGCCAUGCCCAGCUGGAGCCAUGGAUUUCAGGGAGGAGCAGUGUGCCCAGUUCAAUCGCGUGGACUUCCAGUCAAAGCGUUACUCAUGGGGGCCAUACUAUGGAGCCACAAACCCCUGUGAGCUGGUGUGUGUCCCCAGAGGAGAGAACUUCUUCUAUCGCCACAGGCCCAGCGUGGUGGAUGGCACACCCUGCUACGUGGGCCGCAGCGACAUCUGUGUGGAGGGAGUCUGCAGAGUGCUGACUCAUAGUGGGGAGUUUCUGAGUUUGGAGACAGGCCCCUCAACUCCUUCUGUCCCCUCACGCCCCUCUGUUUAUGAACCCUCAGCUCCCCUGAGAGAGACAUACAGAUACUCGAUGUCUGCGUUCUCCGAGUGCUCUGCGUCCUGUGGUGACGGCUUGCAGACCCGCACGGUGCAGUGCGUGACGGACGGCUCAGGUCUCCCCCGUGUGGUGGACGACUCUUACUGCGCCUCUCAGGGUCUCACUCGCCCUCACGAGCAGAAACACUGCAGCGGCAGGGCCGCCUGCGCUGAGUACAGCGUGUCCAGCUUCAGCACGUGCUCGGCCUCGUGUGGACAGGGCACCCAACAGCGGGAGGUCUACUGCGUGGGCGGCCAUGGCGAGAGGCUGCCGGAGUCGGCCUGUGCUGGACUGCCUCGGCCAGAGGAAGUGAGGACGUGCCAGAGGCCCUCCUGCCACCAGCACAUCAGCUACUACGUGUCAGACUGGAGCCUGUGCUCAGAAAGUUGUGGAACAGGACGCAGGGACAGGCGUGUGGUGUGUAUGGACCAAGACCACUUUGAGCACCCAGAUGAACGCUGUGCCUCUCAGUUCAAGCCCUACACCGUCGAGAGCUGCAACACACAGCCCUGCCCUGGACCACAGAUGGUUCCUAGUGUUGCAGAUCCCAGGGGACAUGAGAGCUCUCUGCGUGGAUUUAGGCCUUACACACCUGAAGUGGACCAAGGAUCUGCCCGCCCCUCUCAGCCUUACAUCCCUGUGGUGGGUCCCCACUGCGCCCAGUCCUACUAUGGCUGCUGCCCUGACGGACACACUGAAGCCUCUGGGCCCAGGGGUGAGGGCUGCCCACAGGACGACUGCGUCAGGACCAGGUUUGGCUGUUGUCUGGACGGGGUGACUGCAGCUCAGGGCUUUGGCUAUGCAGGGUGUCCUGACUACCAGCCGCCGAUGGCACCCCCAGCUGAGGGUGACGUGUGCACCUUGCCCCGUGAGGUGGGCCCCUGCUUCAACUGGAUCUCCCGCUUCCACUUCGACUAUUCCCAGAGGACCUGCACCCACUUCUGGUUCGGUGGUUGCCAAGGCAACGGCAACAACUUCCUGUCCAUGGAGGCGUGUCAGAGGCAGUGCGGGGGCAUGGCCCCGCCCCCUCCUCCCCCAGCUGCGGGUCCCGCACAGAGACCUGUCAUCAGAGUGAGGCCCGCCAGACGCAGACCAUACCACGCCAGCAAAUGAGAAUGGGAGAUUUCAAAUCGCUCCAGCCAAUAGGAGGAGUGAGAUCGCUGAGCUCCAACCAAUGAGGGGGCAGAAAAGCAUUUAUGUACAACAGAGAGCAUUAUGUACACAGAGAUGUAACAUAAGACACUCAUACACUUACAUAUACACAUACCCAUACAUUUAUAUACACAUACAUACACACACACAAACACACACACACAUACACACACACACACACACACCUCAACAAUUCCAAAGUUUGCCAGUGGUCAACCUUAACACAUUCACCUCAAGGCUUUCUGUUAGUUAGGACAACAUGUUUUACUAAGUUUCUCUCCCACAUGAAUACAGAUUUGAAAAUCAGGACUCUCAUAGAACACUUUGCUAUCAAUAAAGCAGUCUGUUAGCCUGUAAAAGAAGA